AUGGAGGCGGCGGGCAGCCACGGCAAGGGCAAGGCGGCGGCAAGCAAGAGCGGCGGGCGGGCGAAGAGCUCGUCGAAAGUUAAUAAUAGCAAGAUGACGACGACGACGACGACGGGUCGGAACCCUGGGGAUGCAGCAGCAGCAGCAGCAGCAGCGUGUCGACAGCGCAAGGCAUCGGUGAAAUUGGAGACGGCCACGGGAAGAGAGGAGUACACGGCGAAUAAGGAGAAUAGUCUUCAGCGGCAGGCGUGCGACGGUCACGAGAACGAUGGUGAUUAUGAGAAUGACGAUGACGACGACGACGUCCCGCUUGCGAUCAAGCGCAGGAUGGCGCUCUCGACCAAACGGCCAGCGGCGGCGGAUCUGGCGGCGGAGAGUAAACGGCGCAAACUGGGAUUAGGGGAUGACGAGUGUUCGCUGAGCAGGGUGGGCGGGAUCACCAGCGACCUGGAGAUCAUUGCGGUUGCACCCGUGACAGCGGCAGCGGCAGGGUCUGGCAGCAGCAGCAGCAACGGCUGGGGAGCGGCAGCAUUCACGACGAUGGGCGGGCGGGACGAGACGCUUUUCCGCGAGCUGCCCCUGCGGCCGUGGCCAGGCCACCAUCAGCAGAACAAGAACAAGAACACGCAGGGCUGGAGAUUGGCGCAGGAGCACGCGGUGACGUCGAGCGAUCCCCCGGUCCCACGGGCCCCGCUGCUGGCCCGCGCCAGCGAUCCCGCGGAGAAGAAUAACAAGAAUAAGAAUACCAUCGCCAGCUCGCCCGGCGACACAAUCUCGCUGGCGUCGUCAACGUCGUCGUCGUCGUUGUCGUUGAUGGACCGGCCAUCCUACGACGACGACAGCAACAACAACGCGGGACUGGCGGCGUGGCGGCCGGCGCGGGUGCCGCAGAUCGUGAUCACGGACAUGGAGCCGCACGCGCCGCGCAACUGGCUGAACCCGCGCAGCGCGGCGGCGAUUGGCAAGGCCGAGCAGGCGGUCAACCUGGCGCUGUUUGGGCCCGGGUCGCAGGCGUUUCGGCGGGCGCCAGCGGGGGUGCCGGAGCGAGGGAGGGGUGAGCGUGCGGGCGAGGCCGUGCGGCGAUACCUGGCGGUGCCGUGGAGUGCGGUGGAGGAGAAUCCGCGGCGGGCGCGCGAGUACAUCGUGAUUGAGUAG